AUGGCUGACCAAAAGGUGAAAGAAAUACUUGACGCAUUUCAUAACCUGAAGCCCUUUGGUGCUGCUUCAUAUGUUGACCCGCUUGGGGGGCAAUUGUCUCUGCAGGACCCUGGUGGAAUGUACGACAAGGCUCCAACGACUUUAUACAAUGAAGUACCAAGUGACGACUAUGAGAUCCUGGAGAAGUUUAAAGUCCAGACGAUAGUGAUUGGAAUAUCUCGGAACUCGCGCUUCUCCUUUAACCGGGCCGUGAAAGCAGACGGAAUCCAGGGAAAGAUGCAGGCUGGAGCAAGCAGCCUCGCACACGUGCUGUAUCGCGACUACUUGGAGAGCGUUUUUCACAGUUCCACUAACUCUCAUCUUGAUCUUUCGAGUCUGGAAAAAGACUCUGACUUCUGCGUUGCGUUUGCGACUCGAGUCUUGGACCCUGAUUUCAUUAAUCGUAUCCUGAUUUGGACUUAUAUUAAUGAAUCAAAAAUAUUUGCUGAAGCGAUCGCGUUUAUAUAUGAGCGCGUGCGCAAGACAUUGGCAAAGUCUCAUCCCGAAUUGAGCAGCCGGUCGGCCAAAUCGCAUUGGGAACCUCACGCCAAGAAGAAUUCAGACCUCAAAAACAUUCAACAGGUCGACGAGUUUCUGACCACGUCACUUCCCAUAAAGUGGUCUGAUGAAAAGUCAUUACAGGGCCCAUCGUUUCCUGCUAUGGGAGACCAGUUGAUUGAGAUUUGGUUCGUCAGUCCCAAAUGGCAGGGUCUGGUCAGCUCUGCUAUCAGUGAAAUGAGAUCUACUCCGGACUGGGUGCGGCAAGGCUCCGGCGGACAUUUCCCUGUUACAGUCCCAGGAAGUGAUAUUUAUGCCGAGAGACUCCUAGAUUGGGUAAAAAACCAGUCCUCCAAGUACGGUGAAUAUUUCAGUAGUUGGGUCCCAGAUACUAUCGUCCAACAUCCUGCCACAUGGUUAACAUGCUUUGUGUCUGGAACCAAAGUUUCCACUGCGCGAGGAAAUGUACCCAUCGAAGACCUGGAGCCAGAUGAAUGUGUCUUGACGAAAGCGCCGGCGGAGUAUGGCCUGUUAUCCGACGAAAAACCGUACGAAUCAACAAUGCACGGUGGAGAGCAUAUGUCCAAGCUGCCGCUGUUUGGAUUCAAUGAUGAAGAGCCUUUCUUCACCGCGGGCCAUAUAUUCUUCACCAUGGCAGGUCCAAAGGCCAUUGCCCCCAGUGUAGCUCGCGAGGAGAAUCCAAGCGUCGCCGUGUCAAGGCUAUAUCCUGGCGAUGUACUUUAUCGCCUCGAUCCUGAGAGACUCGUAUACAGGAAGGUAAAGCUUGAAUCGUUUACUGUCGGAACAGCGGAUGGACGUGGCGUGUAUGGCCUCCACUUCCGCCAAGGGAGUCAUGGAGGCGCACGCUACCAUGCCAAUGGGUACUUGGUGGCCGCAAAUUAUCCUGAAGUGACCAUUAAGCGGUUUGCAAAUCACUUGGCCGCUCUGCCUAUCCGAAGGCAAAGAGAGGCAGUCUCCUCCAUCCAACGUCUACCAUCAAAUCUCUCGGCCGUAUUUGGAUCCUUGUUCCCAGUCUUCAAGAAAGAAUUUGGGCCGGACCGGCCAAGGGAUAUGGGGGAUAUUCAACCCAUAUUGGAACAGGCCGAGAGACGACGACGCGAACAAAGGCACCCAGCCCACGCUCUAGUCAGGGAGUUCGAUCUAACCCCCGUCUCAAUCAACUCAAAGCACAAUACAACGCGUGUGUCGAUCUGCAAUGGCGCGGUGCUAGUGAAUGAAAGGCUUGUGCAACAUGCUGAAGUCACUCACGAGUAUGUACAUUGGAGUGUCAAAUUGCCCGACGAGAAAUGGCAGCAUGGCUCCAUUCGCCUGAACCAUAAUGCGUUGGUAGCACAUGGGGCUAUCGCAGUCGUGCCAGAUGCGCGGUCAUUGAAAAGCAAGGCCGAUUUGUCGUCUACGGACGCCACGGUGACAGCUGUAGUCGGGACAGUUCCAUCCAUAGUAAACACACCACUCGCCACCGAUAAAACAUUUGCCACUGCUAGAGAGGCAGAUUUAUAUGUCCCCUCCACCUCCGAAGGGCAUACCACAUUUUGGACUGUUAAACUCACAGUCUAUCAGGACAAGACUGGCGGCUUCUCGCCCUUGAUUACCAUACCAGCGCUGGACAGCUAUGUGAAAGAAAAUAAGCUGAUUUCAAUCUACACAUCCAAUCCUUUACCCGAUAAAAAGUUCAUCAUUGGACAGGCUCAGAUUGUCGAUGGGAAUGAGUUUGCAGUGGACGAUGCUAUCAGCAAGAUGUCUGGGCAGUCGAAGCCCCCUAAUUUCAAGAGAUUUACAAUCAAGCUUAAUGCUCUCACUGGGGAAAUCCACGGGCAUUACUCGGAAUCUGUUUCAAAGGACGGUUAUAUCUACACAGAGGGCCCCAUUCACUCCCUGUACCAGCAAGUGGACGAUGGCCAAGCUAAACUUGUUGCAACAGUCUCGCGGCAAAUUUCGGAGUCAGAAUUUGCUGACAAGCAUUAUGGUUUACAGUGCAAUCUUUAUUCAGUAUCCGCCAAUAUCCACGAGAAGCCUCGAUUUUCCACAAUGCUCUUAGCACCUUCUGAUGACUCGCCACUUUCAAUACCAGAACUGCAAAAUAUGGACAUCCCAGACAGCCAGACUAGUCAUGAACUGACACAAAACUAUCUCAUGGCAGCUGCUGGUUACUGGAGGGGUGAAAAGGAAACGAAUUUGUUUGGCGAUGGCAAGCCGGCAAAUGAAGAUAUUCUGCCUGAUUCACUGAAGAAAGAAUUGUCAGACGAUAAUAGGAAAUUUUUCAGCGACUCCUACAGCCGGGGCUUGUUUUUGCACAGUUUGUGCACGGAUGAAAAAUAUGCAUCCCGCUUCAAUAAGGACGAUAAGGAGAAGCUUACAUACUUUUGGAGAGGAAAAUCCAAAGGCUGCAUCAGUGUGAAAUCACAACUUGGCUCUGUCAGCACAAUAGCAGCAAACGAGUCCCUGUUGAAGGCCGUGCCUCGCUUGCGUCAAUACCGAAAUGAUGGUAGUGUAGAUUGGGCUGAGAAGUACUAUACUUUUCUAAGCAGUGACACACAACUGAACAUCAUGGCGUUAGCGAAAGUUUACAAUAAGACAGACCUUCUGACCCAGCAUUGUCAAGUCCUGGAUGUGAUCGACCGCACGAACAACAAGUAUGACCAGAAGCUGGGGGGGCCAGUCGACGCGAACGGUUGGCCAAAGUACGCAACCGAAUUCGCCGAAGUGCUUUUCGAGAAAAUUGCAAGCAAUGAUCCGAAGGUAGCAAAGGAAUUGAGGGAAGAAUUGCACAUCGACAUGGCCGCUCUGAAAGAAGCAUAUGGAGUAGAUUCUGCUGCUCAACUGGCAGCCAGACUUUAUGGAGCCGGAACUGAGCUUGGGCGAUUCUUCCAAGCAUUUUUCAAACAAGGAUUUGAUUUUGUCGGGAAGAAAAACAUGGCUGGUUUUGCAAAGAUGAUGUCCUGGGUGAAAGAUCAAUACCAGAAAAAGAUGCCUGACGAAUGGAAGUCAACAGGGUCAAAAGUUUGGAAAAGUCUGACUGCAGUCACUUCCAUCAUUGCUCAAGGCAUCCAAAUUUGGCAAGCUGUGGUAUUCUUGAUGAACUGGGAUAAUCUGAAUCCUGCGGACCGAGCUGCGGGGAUCUUGCAAAUUGUGCAAUCCACUCUCACAUUAGUUGGUGACGCAGUAGGUAUAUACCGUAUGUUCCGAGACAAAGCAGAUAGCGAAAUUGGACUACGGCAAGCAAGUGGACAGAUGAAUGCCCAGAUUGGAGGCGAGAAACCCCGAAUCCGCGUCGAAGUGGACGGUAAUGAGCAGGAAGUUAUCGAGACACAUGAACUAGCACAAGUCAACACGGAGGAAGGAAUAGCCGGUACUACUAUUGAGGAGCAAGUCGCGACUAGGACCGCCGCCUCAGAGAUUGAAGAAGAGGUUACAUCGCGCUUUAAUCUUGCAGAGAGUGGAGAACUAGCGUUAGCUGCAGUGACUGUUUUGGCGAAUGUCGCUGUUGCUGUUGGACUGGGAAUCCGGAUUGCUAAAGAGUGGGACACCGAGUCAGUGGGCAUCAAGGUGCUGGACAUUAUCUCCCUCAGUACAACCAUUGCACAAGUGUCCCUUGGUAUCGCAGAGAUCGCCUUGUCUCUUGCUGGAGUGGAGAGCAUGAUCCUUCCGGGACUCGGUGCAGUUGUCGCCCUAAUAGGAAUAGUACUGAUGUUUGUAGAAAUGUUCGUCCCCCGGAAACCCCCCGAGGAUCCGGUCAAUAAAUAUAUUGAUGCCAACGCUUCGACCUUUGUCGAGGACAUUACCAGUCCGCCUCAGCCAGAACUAACCUACUCCGUGCCCAAAAAACUGACUGUGGGCGACAAGAGUGCGACGCUUGAAAUUAACAUGAGCAACCCACAGACUAAGCCUGUGAAAAUCAAUAACUUUAUGAUCUCAUUACCUGUGGGAGAUGACAAGUCCGACUUGUUCAAGAAACCGAUCGUUGCAGAAGACCAAAAAUCCGUUCAGAAUGGUAUUACCUGCACUGUAACCGGAAACAAGGGAUACACCUCCAAAGCUAUAUUGGAUCAAUCAUCCGCGAACGACAGAUUCAACAUCCUCAUAAAGAACACCCAGAAGGAAAUCCCAGUCUUCGAUAAGCUCACGGCCACUAUAUCGGGGACCGUUAACGAUUCUGGAGAUACCGGAACGAUCUCUAUUCAAGAGGUACCGACAGAGGACGUUUCAGGCAAGGCCACAACCGACCGAAUCAAAGAAUUUACAGUCAAACGUUCAUAA